AUGGCUGCUGAUUUUUGGUCUUCAACUCAACGGAUGAAUUGGCAAUUUAGUAGAGAUUCAUUAAAAGAUGCAAGACGUGAAUUAUCAUUAUUAGAGAAUACAAUGGAACAAAGUGAAUUGAUAUCAAAAGUGAAGGUUAAUUAUGAUUUAUAUAUGAGGAUUUACAUUCAUUCAUUAGUUAAUAAAUUAGGGAGAAGAUUAAAUGUUCGACAAAUUGCUUUAUCAACUGCAGAAGUUUAUUUAUUAAGAUUUUUAACAAAAGUUUCAUUAAAAGAAGUUAAUUUAUAUUUGUUAAUUACCACUUCAAUCUAUUUAUCAUGUAAAAUUGAAGAAUGUCCUCAACAUAUAAGAACUAUUGUUUCAGAAGCAAGAAAUCUUUGGCCAGAAUAUAUACCACAUGAUGCAACAAAAGUUGCAGAAUUUGAAUUUUAUUUAAUUGAAGAAAUGGAUACUUAUUUAAUUGUUCAUCAUCCUUAUAGAUCUUUAUUACUUAUAAAUGAAGUUUUAUCAAAUUAUAAUCAAUCACAUAAAUCAGAGGGUCAUAAUCAUAAUAAUAAUAGCAAUAACAAUAAUGACACUUCACAACCAUUUGCAUUAUCACCAGAAGAAUUACAAUCAUGCUGGUCAAUUAUAAAUGAUAGUUAUGUUACAGAUUUACCUUUAAUUCAUGCACCACAUAUUAUAGCAUCAGCUUCAAUUUUUUUAACUAUAGUACUAAAAUAUAAUCAUUUAAAACAUAUUUCCAAAGAUUCAUUAAAGAAUUCAAAACCAAAUACAAUGAUAACUGAAGAAUAUCUUAAAAGUGGAUUUUUAAAGAAUUUUAUUAAAUUUUUAGGUUAUUCAAAUAUAGAUCUCGGAGGUGUUAUAGAAGCUGUUCAAGAAUUAAUAACACUUUAUGAAAUAUGGGAAACUUAUGAUGAAUCAAGUUGUAAAAAACCAUUAGAAUCAGUUCUUUUAAAUAGAUAA